AUGCUCCUGAUCUGCUUGAAGCAGUUCACCUUCAAUUUCCCCGCCUUCACCGAACCGCUUUGCUGCUUUUCCGUUUGCUCGUUUGAAUAUGGCGUCAAAGGAGACUGUAACGGUCACCAAACUGAUAUCGAAUCGAUCGUGAACCGCUGGCUAGUGGAGUAUUACUUGUUUCUGGUGUUAGAGUUCUAUAAGAAGGAACAAUAUGAGGAUUUCUGCUGCAUUAGAGACGUACUUGAGAGCAUCUUGGCGCGCCCUUUGGAGUCAACUGAUGACAUGCCAACGAAGGUUCGCGUGUUGCAGUUUAUCACCCGGAUAAAUGAGGGUGAAAAACUUGAUGUGACAUUUGACACAGAUAUGUCAAUAACCCCUCUGGAAUCAGCCUUAAACUUGUUAGAUAUGAGGCAGGAAUUCAGUAUCCCACAACAGGAUUAUGAGAAAGUAUCUACGUCACUUAAAGAAAUGAUUGUGGGGCUUUUCAUUAAGAACAAUGAGUUUGACAAAGCAGAAGAGGUGUUGAACAAACACUUUCCCCAAAAAAAUGUUGGAAAGAAGGGAAUAUUCGUGGGUCUCAUCAGAAAAAAGAAUAAAAAGCAUGAAGUCAUCAAGCAAAUCAACUUUCGGCAGUUCAAGGAGGAGAUGCUGGCAUUUUGCCAGAGGCUCUGCCACUUCAGCAUUCCCCUUCUGCAUAAGUUGGCAAAACAGCUCAUUGAUGAAAGAUUUGUGGCUCAAGACAAUACAGAAACUGAAACUGAUGAGCAAGCGGAACCUGGACCGUCCUCUAGUUCCAAAGGAGCCACUUUCCAGUUUCUACCAUGUAAAGAUUCAGCUAUCCAGAGGACCAGGCUAGAAGAGGCCUACAAAUCCUUGGCUGCAGGUUUAAAUAAAAGAACAUUUGCUCAGUUGGAGGAAGAAGUAGAAACAGAAGAGCAGGAAAGAGAAAAUCUUUGCCUACAGCUUUCCCUCACUUCAAAGAGGCGUAUCAGUCUGGACCUGGAGGAGGGCUUAUUUCAGAGAGACUCAGGAGACCCCAAGGAAGCUUCACCAGCAGACCAGCUACUCUUAAAGAUGCCCAUUGUUCGGUGUAAAAGAGAGCAUUACACUGUGUCUCGGCUGGUGUUGCAAUCGGACAGUCAGUCAAGUUCGUUCUGCACAGCAGCUUCAGAGGAACUGGAACCUGAGGCCAGAAGGAAAAGGGCACCACAGACACUGCCUGUAUCUGAUAAAAAGGACCGGCAGCGUACAGGAACAGACCAAAAAGGUGCUACGCCCACUGGAAAGCAGCCCCUUCAAGCCAACAGAGCUUCCACCAGAAAACCUAAAAAGUCAAAACGGUUACCAUCAGACAGCGAGGAAGACCCACAGGAGCCUGUGACCCUCAGUAAAACUCCGGUGCAAAAGCCUCAUGAGCAACUGUCCAGUGAUCCAGGGAACAACCAAGCGAAUCCAGAUAUUCUGGAUGACAUUCGUAUGACAGACUCUUCGAUGGAGAGCUUGCCGAGUCAGGUCCCGUCUCAUCCCGUCCCACAAACGAGCUCCACUCGUCACAAGGACUCUGCUCAAAACAAACAAACAAACCUUUCAAAAUGGAAGCAGCUGUACAAUAACGCAAAAGAAACCAAGGACGUGUGGAGUGAUGAAGAGUCAUAUUUUACCUCCAAAAAGAGCAGCCCAGAUGUGAGCACCAUUACGGAUUCAGGCCAGAGGAAAAGGAUGUGGACGGAGAGUGAAACACAGAAGUUAAAAGAUGGGGUCAGAAUAUUCGGAGAGGGCAACUGGACUAAAAUAAAGGCAUAUUAUGGCUUCAAAGAUCGAACAAACGUCAACCUGAAGGACAGAUGGAGAACGAUGAAAAAGUUAAAUAUGGUCUGACUCACUAAAUCUUAGAUCAUUUUAUCCCUCCCUGCUUUCCUUUAUUUUGGUUUCUUAAAUAACCUGUUAAUCCUUUUAAAAGACACUUUACAAGUUCAGUAAAAGUUCAGUGUUCAUGGCUCAAAGAUUAGUUGUUUCUUUGUGAAAAAGGAAAUAAACUGCAGUGGUAGUGAUUGAUGUCACUUAUCACUGUAGUCCUAUAGAGCAAGCGCACUCAGACUGAAAUGAUACAAAGAUGUGUAUUUAUUUGACGAUCCAAGUUACAAAAGACAUGCACACAAAAACAAAACCCUUUCAUUAAUACAAUGCGGGCGGGGGGGGGGUGCAUACCAGGAAAUCCUGCAAAUGGCAGAAGUGAGUCAAGACAGGUGGUUUGUUUUUAGUCCCUGGUGUAAAAGCUACUCCUGUAGGCACUUUGAUUGGUCAUGUCAACACAAAAUGUUUAUUGAAAGCAAGCAGCUAAAUUAUGAAGCUGUGAAUUUCAGUGAAUGUUACUGUUGAAAAUAAAAUUUUUGACAGUCCA